AUAUAGCCUACUACUCGUAGCAAUGACACUUGCUUUUCGUUCCUUUUUUUGUGUAGCAUGGGAGGCAACUAGGCACAGCAUGCUGCCUGUACGCACGCCACGAGAGGCUCUGCAUGCUGCCUUUUGCAUAGUUGUACGCACCGGAAAAAAUGGGAGGAUAAGGGAGCCACGGACAUGUCGUUCUCAUCAACAAAUCCAUCCCGAUUCAGAUCUAGCGCGAGCAGCAAGCUUUUUUCACCAGCACCACCAACCUUCGCCACCGGUGGCUGCCUCACCAGUGCGGAGAAGAAGGCCCCGACGCGGCAUCCUCUUCCUCCUCUGAAGAAGACCCUCCAGGCAGGUGCGUCCCAGGAGCAACUUCAUUGGAGUGGCCAUUGGCCAGCCCAAGGUUCACCGGGGUCCAUCGUCCCGGCCGGCGGCCGGCGUGCUGCAGCACGGCGCGUGGCACUAUGUGCCAGCGGCGGGGCGCCGAGGGACCAGUGGAGGUGCUCGCACUGUUGUCGAAGACGUCACCACGCGCAACAGUCGGCGCGGGGAGGCGCAUCCUGAGGCUUGCGCUCGACGAAGAGGCGUCGGUGGCCACGUUCAUGGUGCGUGCACCAACCGGCGGGGGCAAGGGCAUCCCCAGCCCGAAGCUUGCCGCAGACCCCCCCCCCCCCCAACGGCCACUGUCUCGUGCGCCGGAGUGGGUGAUGGAAGGCACGGCGAGUCCGUCUGUGCGGGCUCCGCGGGCAGCGCCGGUGGUGCGGGCUCGACCUCCUCCUGGACCUCGUAGUCCAGUGGAGGAGACGACGACGGGGUCGGGCAUGGCCCCCAUCCGUGCACUGGGCAUGGAUGUGGUGGUGGAGACGCCGCAAGUUCCGGCUCAACGGCGUCGACGUCCAUUGCUCCGUCCACAUGCUCCAUUACUUCGUCCGCGUACAGGUUCGGAGCAGUCGGUCCGGCAAGAAUCCAGGCCGGGAGCGACGCCACCGCCGGCAUGGCCGGUUCACGCGAAGCACCGGAUGUCCCAGCACCGUGGCGACCAGGGGCGCCAUGCCUAAGACGUGGUGCACGGCGGCGGAAACCAUUCCGGCGGCCUCCGAACCGGCGAAGAUCGCGGGCGUGACGGCUCUAUCGACUCGACCGUCGUCACGAACGAGGUGCAGGAAGAAGGAUAGGAGACCACGAGGCAUCCUCUUACCUUCUCCUUUCCUCCCUUCUUUCUUCUUUUUCCCGGCGACUCUCGCCAGAGUUGUUUUGCCUUUUCUCUACUCUCGAUAGAGUUACGGGCUGAUAACGUGUUUGAUUGAACUAUCUCUUUCAUUGAUGAUAUGUGAAGAUUAAAUACAUACGGAACCGUCGUCACGAACGGAUGCGUCGGCU